CAACUAUAUAUUAUUAAACUAUCUCAACAGAAGAGCAUCACAAUUCUCAAGCGGCUAGUGCACACUGCAGAUAGAUCAAAAGAGAUCGAAAUGAGGUUUGAGCAUCGAAUACAAAUGGAUGAGGAAUAUCCAAUGAUGCAAAUGGUUCCAUUUUGUAUGAGAGAAGACAAUAAGGAAAUUAGCGAUGAUUAUGAACCAAAAGUGGUUUCACUGGGGCCUUACCACCAUGGAAAGGAGAAGCUCAGGUUCGUUGAGGAAUAUUUCAAGCCUAUGGCCGUUGAGAUGUUCGUUGGAGACAGUGGCGUGGGUGAACAUGACUGCAUGACUGUAAUUCUAGAAGAAAUUGGGUAUGCUAAGAGUUGUUACCUGCAAGAAUUCGCUGGAAAGUACAGUGAUGAAGAAUUUGCGCGAAUGAUGCUUCGUGAUGCAUGUGUCAUUCUAAAUUAUAUUGGACCAACGGAGGGCCAUGUGUUAUAUAAACAGGCUCAGAUGAUACAACGUCUUGGUGUUGUUGUUUAUGCCAACAUUGAACGUGACAUGUAUUUGCUUGAGAAUCAGAUACCUUUCCGGAUUCUCAAGAUGUUGGUUUCUUUGAGAUAUAAUGGUUUUGAUCAUGGACAAAGAUUUGUACAACACAUGGAAAAUUUUUUCUUUAGACUGUUUUUUUAUCACACACAUAUUGAAGAACCCAAUGACACCAAUAAUCUGGGGAGGAAACCCCUUCACCUUCUUGAAAUUAUCCGAAGAGUAGUUGUCACAGGCCUUGAUUACGAAAGGAUGCCACGUCCAUAUCGUUGCUGCGAUAUCAGUGACUUUGUAUCAUGCCUCGAAUACUGUUGCUACAGAAGCAAAUACGACCCAAUUAUGAGGCAGUCAGCUGGCGGUCGUUCUGUGACGGAUCUGAAAUUAAAGGGCAUUCAUUUUAGUGCCAGUGGGAUUAACUCUCUCAAGGGUGUAAGGUUUAGUCCUAGUACUGAUUUCUUUCUGUCUGCCAAUUUGAAGCUCCCAAGUUGGGAUGUUACAACGUACACCAGAGUGUUUUUCAUGAACAUGAUCGCUUAUGAGUUCUCUCCCUACUUUUUUAUGCGUAAAUCUGUGACUGCGUACGUGAGAUUCAUGAAGGACCUCGUGGUUUCAAAAGAGGAUCUGAAGGAGCUGCGAGAGAAGGGAAUUAUAAUCAACAGUUUAGGUGAUGACGAACAAGUGGUUCAACUGUUUAAAGCUUUGAAUACUUAUAAGGUAGAGGAUGCCACUAUUUAUUGGGUUGUCAAGAAUGAUAUUGAAGAGCACAUAAACAGCAUACCCAAGACUACAAUGGGUGAAUUGAUAGCUGAAUUAAGGACAAAUUAUUUUAACAAUCAUUGGUCCAUAAUUGUUUUCGUUGCUACUAUUUUCAUCAUCUGCUUAAAUAUUGUUCAAACUUACUAUACAAUACAUCCUAAUGAUGAUAAACCUUAGGACUUUGGUUUUCAUUCUAUAUUAAUUGUGUUUUGAUGCCAUACAUACUGUCUUGAUCGGUGUAUAUAUAUGUGUUGUGUGUAAUGUUGUUGCUUUUUAAUUCUUUUUGUACGUAUGCUUUGUAAUAAAUUAAUACAUUUUCUA